AUGGCGGAGAAAGAUUCUUAUAACAUAUUUUUUAAUGGAAGCGAAGAAGCCCAAUAUUAUGAUUACGAUAGUCCAACGAGUUCACAUCGUCCAGCUCCUAAACCACCUAUUCAUCAAUCGCCAUUUAGUCAAUCUAUAUCAAAUAUAUCAGGGAACAAUAAUAACAAUAAUAACAGCAGCAUAGUUAAUUUAGAAAAUUCAAAUCCUUACCUAGCAUAUGCGCCAUCACGUAAACAAGAUCCACCACCACGUAAAGAAGAGCCGUCAUAUCCGCCACCUCCCCCGCCAUUACAUCCACAGGAUUCUUAUCAUAUAAAAAAUUUUGCGUCAAACCCAAAUUCAUACAAUUUACACUAUAAACAAGAGAAUCAGAAUCAUGCAACACAAGAAAUCUUGAACCCACCUCGUCUUACGCAUUUCUCUGAUCCACGCGAAGGCGAAGGAUCACAAAUAUCAGAUACAGAUAGAAGAUAUGAAAGAGCAGAACUUAAAGAUCUCUUAUUGAAAAUCGGAUUCUUUUUAAUAUGUUUAUUCAUUAUUUCUAUCAUCAUAAUCGCGAUCCUUGCCUUAGUGAAUCAACAAAAAUGCAAAAACCUAGAUUUUAAUGACGCCGCUGCCGUUUUUAAUACGAGUUAUAUUAGCAGCCAACAAGGCAACACACCUUGGAAAUUUUUAACUUCAGGAAAAUUUAUAGAUGCAGAAAUCAUUGUGAAUUCAAAUAAUCCAGCUAAACAAGACCCAAAUCGUGUAUAUUUCGAGACGAGAAUGAUUUCAGCGCGGGAUGGAGAUGUUAAUUUAGUUGAUUUAUCCCAACAACAAGAAUUUCUUUUCGUGCAUAGUGGAAACGUGAAAAGUCUAGAAUGGGAAAAUUACUUAACAUUUCCACCUACAUGCGCUAAAGUCAGGGUAGAUUUGUGGUUUGCUCAAAAUGCGUCCUUUCCAUUUUCAGUAGAUGUCCAAGGAUCUGAUUUCGUGGUAAAAGGGUGGCCAACACAAAAUUAA